AUGACACAAUGUCUGAAGAGACCGAAGUAGUGUGUCUUACAAACCCCUUCAAACCAAUUCAACCAGGAAUUGUGAAAAUGGAGCGCACCGAUGACAUUCAGAUAAUAUCGUCAUCAAAGAACACUAGCUCCAAUAGCUCCAAUACUGUCGGACCAAGUAGUAGUACUCACGUCUCCCCUACGGCUAACGGCUCAGCAACCAGUUUAGCGACUGCUCUGAGUAAUGCGCUAGCUCGGCGCAGCACCAGUCCUGCUGAUGCUCCUGCUGCUGAUUUGGACGAGCUGAGAAUGUUGCGCACUUUGCUACAGCGCGCUACCGAAAAGAACAAGAACCUGAAGCUGCAAAAAGAGAAGAUUUUACUGAAACGGAAGAUACUGGCCGUUGAGCGGGAAAAUAACAGCCUUAAAGAUGAAAUCGGAGGACUGGAGAAACAGCCACUUGCUAAUUCCGCACAAGCUCAGCUCAGAGCGCCCCAUUCAGUAACAGGUGUAAGGGUACCAUCAGCACAGCUCCCCCUACGACUUAACAACAGCUAUAACAAUUUACACAGACAGCAUCAAGCAGCUAAAGCUGCCCAAGUACAACUACAGCAGCAGCAAGUUGCCCAGCAACAACAGGCAGCCCAGCAGCAGCAGCAGAAUCCCCAUCUCAGACCUAACCCCGCCGCACAGAAUAUGAUAAACAAACAUUUUCAGCAAAACUCUCACUCACAGCAAGUGUCUCGAUACCAGAACCCAGCCGCAGCUGCACUUGCACAUCGACUACAGAACCCACAUUGGCCCGCUCCAAACAGGCAGUACCAACCCCAACACAUACAGAAACCUCUCAACCAUCUCCCCAACACGUCUUCCUACUACACUCCCCAGCAACAAGCGGCCCAAAACGCCGCCGGUCAACAUGCUGUCGGUCAGCUGCAGCAACAAGCAGCAACUCAACAACACACCCCUGCACCCGUCCCCCAACCCUCGCCCUCCCCACACUUGGUGCAGCACCACACUCAGGUCCAGCAGCAACCAGCUCAUCAACCAGCUCAUCAACCAGCUCAUCAACCAGCCCACCAACCAGUCCACCAACCAGCUCAUCAACCAGCUCAUCAACCAGCUCACCAACCAGCUCACCAAGUAAACCGUCUACAACACGUGUCAGCUGCAGUCCCACAGCGACAUCCAAAUCCAGGGUCCUCUAACCACGCUACACUGGCGGCUGUGAACAAGAUCCUAAAUGGGAGCAGUCUCUCAGGAAUAGCCACCAGUCUCUCAGCUGCAGUUACUAACUUAUCCAGCGCCCACAACACCCUCGUCAAUAACCACGCUGGCAUGCACGGCAGCCAGGCCCGGCUUGUUCAGGCUCGGCCCAUGUCCCAGCAGCAAACCCCGACUAACACUGUGAACUCAGUUAACACAGUUAACACUACGAACAAUGCUAACUCUGCUAACACAGUUGAGGUUAACUUGGUGAAAAGUUUAUCUAACCAGGGAUUACAUCCUCGUGUUAACGAACAACAAAUUAACGAUCUCAUCAAAUCAGCUCUUCAGAAAGGAGGUUACGAAAACUUGUUGGCACAGAUGCAGGUAAUGGCUCGUACUUCUUCCAGCACACCCACCCCAAUUCCCACCACGGAGGCUGUGUCAAGUAGCAGUCUGGAAACUAGUUCCGCUUCUGCUACCGCUGACAUCUCACCUACCACCGCUGGAGUUGCCAGCAUGGAAGUUGUUGAGUCAAGUGCAGGAGCUUUAGGAACAUGUAGUACAGUACAGAUCAGUGGAGCUAACGAAGAUGUGGAGGUAGAUAUCGGUAUCCCUGACAACGACCAAACUGCAAUGGAUUACUCCGCCAGUUUCACCAACCACCACACCACAAACGACGAUCUGGAAACCUUUACAGAGCUCUUCGCCAUGUCUGACGACCCGCUCAACGUGACGUCACCCACCAUGGAGAUGCCGAACGGUAACUUGGCGUCAGCUGAACAUGGCGCUACGUCAGAGACGGUUCAGCCAGCCUUCGAUUUAAAUAAGCUUGAUAACGCUACAUUGGAACAGCUGAUCAGCUCCGUGUGCUCCCUUUGCUCCGGCGACUCAACGCAAAACAAGACUGGGGUACGAGAAGAACUGUUGACUUGUUGUGACUGCAGCAAUAGCGGACACCCCAGUUGUUUACAAUUCUCCGCGGAAUUAACAGAAAAAGUGAAGACCUACUCGUGGCAGUGUAUCGAGUGUAAAACGUGUGUGCUGUGUGGCCAGCUGGGGGACGAUAACAAGCUAAUGUUCUGUGAUGAGUGUGACAAGGGUUUCCAUACUGACUGUUUGUCACCUGCAUUGUCGGAGGUACCUGAGGGUAAUUGGUCAUGUGUGUUCUGCAAAGGUAUAAGUGUACCCUCAGCGGGCAUCAUCGCCAGAUCCAGUUCAAACUCACGAGAUAUUCUUCUACAGAAAGCUAACAAAGUUAUUAAUAAUGCGUCCACAGACAAGGGUCCAGCCGAGAUGAUGCAGAAAACAGAAGAGAUUAUAGCGUCCCUGCUAGCUACAGGUCGCAAGAGAGCAAAGUCCAGUGAUAACGACAAAGAUGCACCCUCUUCUAAACGUGUUCUCCAUGACAUGUGAUCAGAUGCCAUUCAUUAGUUAAUUAAUUAUUUAAUUAACUGGUUGAUUAUUCGAACGAGAGAAAGUGGUUGAGAAAUUGAGUGUUCCGCCGAGAAGUGGCGUGUUCUGCAGAUGAUGUAUUUAGUUUUGAGGACGUUUAAAUUGUUUAAUAGUUGCAGUAUGAUGAAUAUAUAAUAGAGAUAAACAAUGUAAAGCAUGAUGUGCCACCAUUUACAACUACCGAACUAGUUUGCAGUGGCAAGAUUCCAUAUAGUUAGAACCGUCCUAACUUUUUGAUAAAUUUAUUCCUUCUAAAACUUUUCAUAGGGUUAAAUGAGUGAUGUUUCUGACGGUUCAUAUUUUGUUAUAGAUAUUACGAUUUUUAUUUGUUGUUACAAAUUUAAAUUUACGAAAUAGAAAUUAAGGCUAUGUAAUUCUUUUCAUCGUAUUUCGGUUGAAAUUAGGAUAAGAUUAUGGCUUAAAAAUUCGCGGACUCAUGAAUAUUUCUUCUCUUUCGACUUAAAUCUUAUGAACAGAUAACUUAAUUUUACUGAUAAACUUAAAGAUUUGCACAUUGUUAUUUAAUUCAGGUAAGAAUUUUCUAUCAGAGAUGCGUUAAAUUAUCAGAUUAGUCUAUACAACUGGUUUUCAAAUUUAAACUAUUUGUCGAUGAUCAUCCUUGAAAUAAAAUUUUAUUGACUCCGCUAUUACAAAAUUCGGCGUAUUAAGAAAAAGUUAUAGUUUGUUAAUCUAACAAUGGGUCAACUUAUUUAUUUUUCCUCACUUUCCCUAUUAAAUAAGUUAUAAGCCUAGUUAUAGUACAGUAGACUUUUCCUAUAUUCAAUGGUACUGAUAGAGUAAUGAUAGGUUUAUUUAUCUGUCAGUGAAAUGUUUGGUGAAGGGUAGAAUAUCUCCCAACUUUUAGUAGUGAGCAAUCUGUAGCCGAGAGAAAUAAUUACAUUUUUGAGAUGCCAAUAUGAUACAUAUCGCGACAUGGUGAUUUACUUUAGUCAUAUUAGUCAUGAUGUGAAUCAGUAAUAUUUGAUGGUAUUAAGAAGCUAUGAAGUGUAAAUUUAGAUACUUUGUGACCAAUUGAUAUUGUAUUUGUGCUCUUCUGAAUUAAUUACAAAUAUUUUAUGAUGCCCGUUGUAACCUAUACAGUAUACAUUGAUCACUAAUAAAUUGUUUUCUCACUUUAUGAACACACAGCGACCAGAUAUUUAAAUUAAUGAGCAUUAAAGGGCGCAAAGCUCACAUU